UCCUGUAGUAACAGCCGCCGCCGCAGCCGCCAGGAGCCCGGGCCGGGAGCGAGAGCCGCCGGCGCAGAGCGGCCCCGCCGCCGGACGGCUCGGUGCCACCAGGUGAACGGCCAUGGCGGGCUGGAUCCAGGCCCAGCAGCUGCAGGGAGAUGCCCUGCGCCAGAUGCAGGGGCUCUACGGGCAGCACUUCCCCAUCGAGGUCCGGCACUACUUAGCGCAGUGGAUCGAGAGCCAGCCGUGGGAUGCCAUCGAUCAAGAAAAUCCCCAGGACCAAGCCCAGGCCACCCAGCUCCUGGAGGGCCUGGUGCAGGAGCUGCAGAAGAAGGCCGAGCACCAGGUGGGGGAAGACGGGUUCCUGCUGAAGAUCAAGCUGGGGCACUAUGCCACGCAGCUCCAGAACACGUAUGACCGCUGCCCCAUGGAUCUGGUCCGCUGCAUCCGGCACAUUCUCUACAACGAACAGAGGCUGGUCCGCGAAGCCAACAACGGCACCUCUCCUGCUGGGACGCUGGUCGACGCCGUGUCCCAGAAGCACCUCCAGAUCAACCAGACGUUUGAGGAGCUGCGGCUGGUCACGCAGGACACGGAGAACGAACUGAAGAAGCUGCAGCAGGCGCAGGAGUUUUUCAUCAUCCAGUACCAAGAGAGCCUGAGGAUCCAGGCUCAGUUUGCCCAGCUGGCCCAGCUGAGCCCCCCGGAGCGCCUGAGCCGGGAGACGGCCCUGCAGCAGAAGCAGGUGUCCCUGGAGGCCUGGCUGCAGCGAGAAGCCCAGACGCUGCAGCAGUACCGCGGGGAGCUGGCCGAGAAGCACCAGAAGACGCUGCAGCUGCUGCGGAAGCAGCAGACCAUCAUUCUGGAUGACGAGCUGAUCCAGUGGAAGCGGCGGCAGCAGCUGGCGGGGAACGGAGGGCCCCCUGAGGGCAGCCUGGACGUGCUGCAGUCCUGGUGUGAGAAGUUAGCCGAGAUCAUCUGGCAGAACCGGCAGCAGAUCCGCAGAGCCGAGCACCUCUGCCAGCAGCUGCCCAUCCCCGGCCCCGCGGAGGAGAUGCUGGCCGAGGUCAACGCCACCAUCACAGACAUCAUCUCAGCCCUGGUGACCAGCACAUUCAUCAUUGAGAAGCAGCCCCCUCAGGUCCUGAAGACCCAGACCAAGUUUGCAGCCACGGUGCGGCUGCUGGUGGGUGGGAAGCUGAACGUGCACAUGAACCCCCCCCAGGUGAAGGCCACCAUCAUCAGCGAGCAGCAGGCCAAGUCGCUGCUGAAGAACGAGAACACCCGCAACGAGUCCAGUGGAGAGAUCUUGAACAACUGCUGCGUGAUGGAGUAUCACCAGGCCACCGGCACCCUCAGCGCCCACUUCAGAAACAUGUCACUAAAGAGGAUCAAGCGUGCUGACCGGCGUGGCGCAGAGUCUGUGACGGAGGAGAAGUUCACAGUCCUGUUUGAGUCUCAGUUCAGCGUAGGCAGCAAUGAGCUUGUGUUCCAGGUGAAGACCCUGUCCCUUCCUGUGGUUGUCAUUGUACACGGCAGCCAGGACCACAACGCUACCGCCACCGUGCUGUGGGACAAUGCCUUCGCUGAGCCGGGCAGGGUGCCAUUUGCUGUGCCUGACAAAGUGCUGUGGCCGCAGCUGUGUGAGGCGCUCAACAUGAAAUUCAAGGCCGAAGUGCAGAGCAACCGGGGCCUCACCAAGGAGAACCUCGUGUUCCUGGCGCAGAAACUGUUCAACAGCAGCAGCAACCACCUCGAGGACUACAACAGCAUGUCCGUGUCCUGGUCCCAGUUCAACAGGGAGAACUUGCCGGGCUGGAACUAUACCUUCUGGCAGUGGUUUGAUGGGGUCAUGGAGGUGCUGAAGAAGCAUCACAAGCCCCAUUGGAAUGAUGGGGCUAUCUUAGGUUUUGUGAAUAAGCAACAGGCCCAUGACCUGCUCAUCAACAAGCCCGAUGGGACCUUCUUACUGCGCUUUAGCGACUCAGAAAUCGGGGGCAUCACCAUUGCCUGGAAGUUUGACUCUCCUGACCGCAACCUGUGGAACCUGAAGCCAUUCACCACGCGGGACUUCUCCAUCCGGUCCCUGGCUGACCGGCUGGGAGACCUGAGCUAUCUCAUCUACGUGUUUCCCGACCGGCCCAAGGAUGAGGUCUUCUCCAAGUACUACACUCCCGUGCUCACUAAAGCGGUGGACGGAUAUGUGAAGCCACAGAUCAAGCAAGUGGUCCCUGAGUUUGUGACGUCUGCAGACUCUGCGGGGGGCAGCGCCACCUACAUGGACCAGGCUCCCUCCCCCGCCGUGUGCCCCCAGGCUCAUUAUAACAUGUACCCGCAGAAUCCCGACCCGGUCCUUGACCAGGAUGGAGAAUUCGACCUGGAUGAGACCAUGGAUGUGGCCCGGCACGUGGAGGAACUCCUACGCCGCCCGAUGGACAGUCUGGACCCCCGCCUGUCCCCGCCUACUGGGCUCUUCACCUCUGCCAGAGGCUCGCUCUCCUGAAUGUUUGAAUCCCUCACUUCUCUUUGGAAACAAUACUUAUGUGAAGGGUUCAUAUCAAUUUUGAUUUUAGUGUUACUGUGCAUAUUGGUGCCUUUGCAGACAGCACAUGUACGCAUGCAUACAUGUGUGUAUUUGUGUGAGAGGUGCGCCCGCCUUGCCUUCGCGGCCCUGGGUGCGUGGCUGCAGCAGCAGCAGCCACCUUUUUCUUCAGAUCAAGGUAUUCCAACAGCCCCCGGGGCCCGUCUCUCGUGGAAGAGACUGAACUGCAUCUGUCGUGCCGGGUACCUGGUACAGGCAAACCUACCCCUGCCAGGGCCUUUCUCUCUUCAGCAGCUAUUUGAAUGAAAUUAUGCAAGAAGGUGAAUAGAGACCGGUGACAUCUCUAAGCUUAACUCCUAACUUAGAAGCUUUGCCUCCCAAGUGUGAGUGUGUGCGCGUAUGAGCAUGUCUGUGUGCCUGUUCUUAUGCACGUGUCAGUCUAUUGCUUCUUCCCUCAGGAGGGAGGUUGGGCUUCAGUUUUAAGUAAUGUUUUAUACUUUACCUAAUGACUAUGGACUCCAGACUUUUUGUGAACUGAGAACUUAUCUAGGUCAUGGCCAUGUCCCUAACACAGCAGAAAUGGGCCAUCUGAGUCGGGCCUGUCAGAGCUGCUCUGAGGAUAUAAUUUCACAGCCUUUUGGCCUCCCGUGUGUAGCGCAAUGCCAUUGCCCAUGCUCCUGCUACGCCCGCCUUACACCCUCUCCCCUCCAUCCAGCUCCAGCCUCCUCUCCUGGCCUCUCUCACUUGCAGGAGAGGUAGGAGAGGGGAAGAGAGGCCUAGCACAUCGUGGGUGAACAGGGGACCCAGGACUUGCAGGGCAGAUCCCCUCCACCCAGGAAAAAUCCUGCAGCGAGAGACAGCAGCAAAGCAGCCUCCUGCAAGCCCAUGGGAUCUGGAGUAAGCGGUGGAAGCCGUGCUCUGCUUCCACUCUGCUGGGAGGUGGGACCUGGAAGAGGCCUCCUCGCAGUUGCAUAACUGGCUGUGGUCUGAGAGGGCCUGGCUCCCACCCUUGGCCCCGCCCCCGGAGACGGGCUGGCACGCGGCCAGGGGCAGCUGCGGGAGAGCGGGAGCCCCGGGUUUAAACCUCUGAGGGCAGGUUGGGAUGAGCAGGGGAGUCUUUUGUACUUUGUA